AUGAAAAUGUUGGAUGAUGAAGAUGACCAAAGCUUUCACGCUACGCGUGACGGCUACUGCCAUCUGAGCGAUGUCGAAUGGGAUGCGGUUGAACGGAUGGGUUCAACCAUAGGCAUCCAUGCUGUUAGCGUCAAGCUAGAGGCUCUCAAUAGAGAUGCCCAACAUGCUACUAUCGCCAAGUUCAUUCAAAAUGAACUUGACGCUGAACGCGAGAAAGUAGCCUUGCUUCACCAACAAGGUUCUCAACAAGCAGAGUUGUUGAAAGAACAGGGUGCUCAACAGUUUGAACUGUUGAGACAGCAGCAUGAUGCUGCUGGUGGGUCGAUGCACUCGCGUCUACCCGAGACCUUGAAGAUUGACAUCUCCAAGUAUAGGGGAGUCGAAGAGGACUCCCUCUUGAGAUGGUUCGUCGAAUUGGAUGACGCCAUAAGGGCGCGUCGCAUCGACGAUGGGGAAAUGCAAGUUGCAUUUGCCCAGUCAAAUCUGGCAGUAUGCCAAGACUUGGGCACUGAGGCUCAAGUUGCACGACCCAUAUGCGUUUGGGUCGUUGGAAGUCUUCAAUUCGCAGCUCAGACAAACGUUUGA